UACCGUCAAUUGAUCUCUCUGAAGAACUGUCGCAAUUCUACCGACAUACUUCUCAUCGCAAUACAGUAACUCUCCAGAAAAAAACUACUCCUUGUUGUCAAAUAGCCAUCACAGAAAAGGGCAGAUCUUGCAGCACCUACCUAACCGAGCCAUCACCACCGUCCCUAUCGUGCAUCGACUAUGUCGACCGACCCCAAGUACGAUGAGCUACAUAAACAGCUAUUUGAAGAAGGGCUCAAGGUGAGACGAAGCGUCGUGGGUGACGAGUACGUCAACCGUGCGUUAGAAAAUGGCUCGACAGAAUUUUCGAGAGCCGGACAGGAGCUUGUCACUGAAAUGUGCUGGGGUUACGCGUGGACACGUCCUGGUCUCGACAAGAAGCAGAGGAGUUUGAUCAACAUCGGCAUGCUUAUGGCGCUCAACCGUGCGCCUGAGCUGGCUGUCCACGUUCGAGGAGCCCGGAACAACGGACUCUCUGAGCUCGAAAUCCGCGAGGCCAUUAUCCACGCGACGACAUACUGCGGCGUGCCAGCUGGCGUGGACGCAAUGAAGACGGCCGAAAAGGUUCUGAAUGAGAUGGCAGAAAAGGGCGAGAUGCCGCGAGAGUUGGGCAACAGAAGCGCCAGGGUCUGAGCGGCAGCUUUACUUUGUGGGGGUGAUGUAGGAUGUGGUGUCUUUUGCUGUCUUACUGGGUGGCCAGUAGUGAUACGACCCCCACGUGUUUACUUGCUAAGUAUCCGAGCUACAAACACUGCUUGCAACCAACAUUCAUCAUCAUCAUCACCACCAGCCAGACACUGGACUAUCGCAAUAUGAGCCUUUUGUCAAAAACUCAAUCUUCUGGUGCCGUGAUAGGUGAACUCAAUCCGGCGCCGCUGCGUGGCGGGAUUGAU